CGAACAAAUUGCCAAUCUUGUUGUCUUCUCAAUCAAUCACUUUUUAAUUUUUAUUUUUCUCCAACGAUUAUAAUAAUUAAAUAUAAAUUAUAUAUCGAGAAAAAGAAAAGUAAAGUAAGGCGUCUCGCCUCUCAUCUUCAUCGUCUCACCUCGUUGGCUCUCUCUCUAUGGGACGCACCCCGAUUUAGGGUUUCGUUCGAUUUGACCAUCGCCGCGAACCUCUAGACUCUUCCGAGUAUUAUGCCUAAAGAGAGGAAAGACCGAUCUGUAUCUCACGAAAGGUUAAGAGCAUCGCCUUUGUAUUGUGAUUCAAGCAAGCCUAGUGAGAAACAAGCUAAGGAAUGGGAAGAAGCUCGUUGUCCUGUCUGUAUGGACCAUCCUCACAACGGCAUCCUUCUCAUUUGCUCUUCCUUUGAUAAAGGUUGCCGUCCUUACAUGUGUGACACUAGCCACCGUCACUCCAACUGCUUCGAUCAGUACCGUAAAGCGUCUAAACAGACACCAACUGAGACUGAAGGUGGUGUAGCUUCUGAGGUAACAGUAGGAGAAGGUGAGAGGGGAGGAGAAGCAGAGGGAGACCAAGAAAAGGCCAAACCGAAGCUUACUUGUCCGUUAUGCCGUGGACAUAUAAAGGAAUGGAUGACUGUGGAAGAUGCUCGAGGCUUCAUGAACGCGAAACAUAGAAGCUGUUCUUCCGAGAGUUGUGAGUUCAGUGGAACUUACUCUGAUCUGAGAAAGCACGCGAGGCUCCAGCAUCCAGGGGUUAGACCAUCAGAAGCUGAUCCGGAGAGGCAGAGAAGCUGGAGGAGGCUAGAGAGGCAGAGAGAUUUAGGGGACUUGCUUAGCACACUCCAAUCUUCUUUCGGAGGAGAGGAAAGAAGCAGUAGUAGCAACGAUGAUGGGAUUCUAUCGUUUGAUGAUGGUGGUUGGCUUACAGUGUUCUUCCUCAUCCGUGUGUUUAGACCAGAAUCGAGUGGUGGCUCGAGGAGUAGUAGCUGGUCAGGUACGUCGAGAGCUAGGUCGCAUAUAGGUGUGAGAAGAAGAUCUUCAAGGCUUUGGGGUGAGAGCUAUGAAGGUGAAACGGGAGCAUCAUCUAGAGAUGAAGAGAAUAAUCAGUCUUCUGAUGAACAAGAGUCAAGACGUCGUGUCCGAAGAAGAGCUUUCAUCGCUGAUGAUGAUGAUGAAGAAGAACCUUGAUGGCUCUUGUUUAGUAUUUGGAUUUUAUGGAAAAGAAAAAGGUGGAAACUUUGUAGUAAUAAUGAAACCUAUUCUGUAAAAUUUUCGUUGGAGAUUGAAAAAAGUUCUUAUUGAACAAAAUUUUUUAUACCA